UCUUCUCUCAUUCCUUCAGGGUUCUGUUGUUGAUCCUCUUACCCUGCCCAGUAUUAAUCUUCCUGAUAUUCCUUCAGAGGAAGUUCAUUACAUUCUUGAGAGGAUGGAGGCUGGUGGGUAUGGAUCUACUGAGAGCAUCCUAGAGAGUGUUCAAGACAAACCAUACGGAAGUGUUGCGGCAACAUUUUACUUACUAGCAGAAGCUGAGAGACAUCGGAAACUUCAUGUACAGUCACCACAGCAUGUUGUGGCUCCCUGUCAGAUCAGUGCUAGUGUGCUAGGAGGGGGAGGAGGAGGAGAGACUGCUAAUACUUCACGGAAAAUAUCAGUCCCUGCACAACCUCCACUUAAUAACAUUUUAAAAUCAAACCCAGCUGGAGGAAGUUAUAAAUCUCACGGUCAUGCUGAGACUGGCGUCCUCCUCCCAAGACGACGGACAACAACAGAAGAACCAGUGACCAGUAAAGCUCGUUCAUCUUCCUCCCCCACCCACUUAACAAAGAGUCCAUACCAGAACCCUAACUACACCAGCCCCAGACUUGGUGUAGGAGGAGAGCAAGUCUCAAACACUAACACAAGGAAACCCUUAUUCCCCAUUCAAAGUGUUGCAGAGGACUCUACCGGACUAUCAGAGACCGACAGUCAAUCGACGCUAGACCUACCACCACCUCCUCCAAGAAUGAGACACUUAUCAGCCUGUGAGGAGGAAGGUGAAUCAGACGAGGUCAUUGUUGAUGGCAUGAGGUCACAGUCCCCGCUACCAAGCCCACGGUCUCGCCGCCUCCUCUCCGCCCGUAGCUCCCCUAACCUAGCAAAGAGCGUUAGUCGGAGUGACUUCAGUGAUGAAGAAGAUGAUGAUGAUAUAAUGGACCUGUCCACUGUCCCACGUUCCCAUCCGACCCACCCCUCCCCUCUUGCCUCCCCUCACUUAUCUUACUCUCGUCUCUCCCCUACUCACAGUCAAGGCUAUAGUUCUGAUGAGGAGUCACUCUCACACACUCUCUUGUAUGAUGGACGUCGUAAACGCUCGAGCAAAAGGAUCCGUUAUAACAAGGCGCUCCAUCCUCUUGUGAGGGUUGAUAGUGCUAGCAGUGACGAUGGCUCUUUCAAUGACAAACACUUGCGUCAUAGUCUACCGAAGUUUGGUAAAGAUAAGCUCAGAAAAAUGCUACCGUAUCGGAACUUAAUUGGUGUAGGAGGAGAGCAAGUCUCAAACACUAACACAAGGAAACCUUUAUUCCCCAUUCAAAGUGUUGCCGAGGACUCUACCGGACUAUCAGAGACCGACAGUCAAUCAACACUGGACCUACCACCACCUCCUCCAAGAAUGAGACACUUAAUAGCCUGUGAGGAGGAAGGUGAAUCAGACGAGGUCAUCGUUGAUGGCAUGAGGUCACAGUCCCCACUACCAAGCCCAUGGUCUCGCCGCCUCCUCUCCGCCCAUAGCUCCCCUAACCUGGCAAAGAGCGUUAGUAGGAGUGACUUUAGUGAUGAAGAGGAUGAUGAUGAUAUAAUGGACCUGUCCACUGUCCCACUCAAGGCUAUAGCUCUGACGAGGAGUCACUCUCGCACACUCUCUUGUAUGAUGGACGUCGUAAAUGCUCGAGCAAAAGGAUCCGUUAUAACAAGGCGCUCCAUCCUCUUGUGA